AUGGGCAUGAAUGCAGUGAAUGAUUCAAGUUUGCAGCAUCUCUAUAAAGUUUUCGGCCAGCAGCUCCUAAUGACGUUUUUGGUCUAUGAUGAAGAGUUGUUCCAAGUGCAACUUGAAGACUUUGAUAGCGGUUCCAUUGAAGCGAAGGACUCCCAAGAUCGUCAAAGCUUCGCCUGUGCCCCUGAAGUUUAUGGAUACUUUGGUUAG